UUCGAACCGAUUCUCAGUGGAAACGGAACGCGUAUAGACGGCUCCCGACGGAAUUUAAUAAAAAGAAUUACAUAUACAGAAAGUUGCAAGUGCAGAGCAACAGACAUCACUUCACAGACAGGCAAUAAAUAAACAAUUUCUGCAAAUUUGUAUAAACAAAGCGCAGUUUGGGCCCAAAAAACUAUAAGAAAAGAAACGCAACUGAAAUAUUUUGUGGCACGCUUUUAUUUACGUAAAAUUGUUCUGUGAAUCGGUGUUGAAAUCGUUGGAAUUUCUGUGUCAUUUAUACUAAAAUAGCAUACGGACAUGUCAGAGCCCACAGCCCAACAACAGCAGCCACAGAAUGGCAAAGAGCGUUCCAAGUCAACUGAGGAGAAAGAGAUACCGCGCGAGCCGGCGCUGGUUUGCAAAGACAUCAACAUAAAGACUGAAUUAGAGUGCUUAGUGAAAUUGUUGGAUGGCAAAAUUUCAAAAGAAGAGGAAGUGGCCAUGGAGGAGCUGCAUCAGUAUUUGAUCGAGGACGAUGGCUCCUGGGCGUUGGGUGACAAUUUUCUGGUAUUUGUGCAGCGCGUGCUGCGAGAUGUUCAGGCCUUCUCGCCGGACACACGGAUACAUAUGAUACGCACGCUGGCCUAUGCAGCACUCAAGGAUGAUGUGAUUAUAAUCUUGCAUCAGGAUCGACGGGAUCACACGCUGAUGAAUUUUGCACAGGAUAUUGACAAGCAUACGCCCGAAGAGCAGCAGGCCUGGGCCAUGUUUACUUGCAAUCUGUUCGAGAACGUCGGUCCCUCAGAAUGGCUGCUGUACAUUUCGGAGUGGGAAUACAAUGGCCAGAACAUUUCAAAUAUACGCGUAACCACCAAGGUGGCCGUCCAUUGCAUACUCUCGAAUUGUCCGCAGCUAAAGAAUAUUGGCUCCAUGAUUUUGUACAACAUAGCCAUCAAGGAAGUGAAAACUGUGGUAUUCGAUGAUGUCGCUGUGGAGCUGGCAAUGGCCAUACUGCAGUUCUUCCAAAGCAGUCCCAACGAAGAUCAAAUCUUUCGCACGCUGAAGGCGCUGGCACGUUUCCUCGAGGUAUCUCCGGACGUACAGAUGAUUAUUCAAAUGAUUGGACCGCAUCCAAAACAAUUUGCUGGCAAAAGCGAACGCGUCGACGAGCUGAUAAAGAUAAUCAGCCGCAAGGUGCCCGCCUAGGAGCAGCAAUAGAUUUUUAAAGAC